GGUCUCGGCAGACAGACAGCAGUCCACCCAUAAAACUCAAUGUGUUUGCGCUGACUGAUCAUAUGACUUUUAUUUUUACCUGCGGGUUGAUGGCGUUAUCUUCAGCUUACUUAUAUUCAAUGAGAUCAUCAUUUUACAGCAUUUGAGGAUCUUUGCAGUCUUUGAGCGUUUGAGAGAGGAGGAAGAAAAUGUGGCACAAACUUCUACUUUCGUUAUUCUUAGCCAAAAUACUUGUUUUACCUGUUUGUGAUGGCUUUUCUGAUGCCCCAGAAUGGAAUAUCCUGAAAUUAGCACAGAUUUGGCCUCCAGCAUCAUGUUUUUACUUGGAAGAGCAGCAUCAAACAUGCAGCAUCCCAGAAAGUGUCAUGUCCUGGACAGUACAUGGCCUGUGGCCAACACAAGAGGGAACACUUGGGCCAAACUACUGCAAUAACACUUGGAAAUUCAAUCUUCAGCAAGUUCAGGUUUUAAGGCCACUUCUAGAUAUAAAAUGGCCAUCAUUUUCGGUACAAGAUCCAUUGCCUAAUAAUUGGCAACAUGAAUGGGAAAAACAUGGCACAUGUGGUACAUCGGUACAAGACUUGAGAGAUGAAUUGCAUUACUUUAACACUACACUGCAACUGCACCAAAAAUACAGUCUCCAAAGUUUGUUAGCCAGUCGUGGUAUAGUGCCGUCUUCAUCAGUUACUUACACUCCUGAUGCUGUUCUGACAGCUUUGCACGAUAUUCUUGGAGUUUAUCCAAACGUAAUUUGUGUGCGAGAUGAGAAAGAAAAACAGUCAUACCUAGAAACUGUGGAGAUCUGCAUGACCAGGGACUUUGGUCUAAUUGAUUGUUCUGGAACAUAUCAGCAAAAGAACAGACUGACUCAUCAGGAGAAUCAGAUAUUAAGAAAAAUGUCUGUGUCUUUGUCUGAUAUUGAAGAUUGUGAUAAGUCAGGUGUUUUUUAUAAGCCUUUCGCACAGAAAUAGCAAUUGAAAAUUUGUUACUCCCCUCUGCUUCAGAUCACUUUAUAUUUCAGGAAGACAGUAGUGCUUUUCAGACUUAAGCUCUUAUCCUAUACCAAUUUAUUUUAAAGGUAAUGGUUAUUACUAAUGAAUAUGUUGAAAUCAGAAAUGUCCAAUCCUUGCAAAAUGUUGAGAUCAUUAAAGAUGGCAUACACAAAAAUCGAUGGCAAAUUUGAACUUUCAGCCUGGGCUGUGGCAAUAUUUUCCUACUUUUGUGUGACAUUUUGUUUUAAACAGAGGUCUUCAGCAGAGGGUAGCACACUGGGAACGUAGAUAAGUAGUUAACUCUUAACAGCUUGAAAAUACUACCACACCUCUUCAAAGGCUUCUAGUAACCACCUUUGUGAAGAAAAGCUAAAUUUUUAAAGGUAAGGUAAGAAGUGACUUAAUGAUCAGCAGAACUAUUUAUUUUUUUAAUUAGUUAUAUAAGUGGGGUCAUAUUUUAGUCAUGACCACUAUGUGUUUCCCCAAGAAGGUGAUGAAGUUGUCAUAAUAGGGGAUAUGAAUGGCCAGAAUUACAUGUUUUAAAUGGAAUUUGUGAUUAGCUUUCAUUGUCUUAUCCUGGUUUUCCAUCAUGCGAUAUGAACUGACACCAGCUACUUUUAAAGGCCAGAAUUGAUUGUCAGGUUAUUAUUCAUUUUUGUGUAUGUAAAUAUUUGUAUUGCCUCCCUUGAAUGUUUCCUAGAUUUCUUUUUUUUUUUUAAGUAUACAAUUGAAUUUUAGUUUCUUGAAGUUUCAUCCAAACCUGUCACUACCCAUACUUGGUUAGGUCACCAAUGACAUUUGAUGGGUUUUCAUUCUGCUUUUGAUUUGCCAAGUGCAAUUUUAAUAUGCAAAAAAUCAGCAUAUAAAAAAAGGUGAUAUUUGCAGUUUUUAACUGUGACUCAUGUCAGAUGUAAAAAGAACUCAUUUAUAUUGAUAUUAAUGACAUCUUUGGUUUCGGAUUUAUAUUUUCAUUAUCUUUUAAAGGUCUUGUUGGGUUUAUGUGCACCAGUGCUUUCCUUUAAUGCACAGUCACAGGCAUCUUUCUACAAUUAAUUUGUUAAUUGUGCACCAAGAAUAAGGCUAACUAGGUAUAAUAAAGUUUUUUAAUGAUGAAAAAUACAAAUCCUUUAAUUCUUAUAACUACACUUAUUCCCUUUGAUGUGUAACUGUAUAUGGUAGCAACAAAAACUAUUUCAUUUGAUGACAGCUUGAAUUUCUGUACAGAAACACUUUUUUACAUUAAGCAUUCUCUCUUAUUCAGUCUUUCAUGUACUUGUGGCAGUGCAGUAACAACAGUUAAUUGCUGUUUUCUUGAAUCAUUUAUUGCUGAACUAAAUGCAGACUUCUAAUCUUGGAUGCUAUAUACCUAGCCAGUUGUAGCAGCUUAGAUAGAAUGUAUCUAGCUUCCAUAGACUGGGAAGAAUGCCUUUGGCUAUAUCAGGGAGAAAUUUUGUAUUAUUCAUUGUAAUUUGUUUUUCUAUUUGAAAAGUUACUAAAGCAGUAUGACAGUUGA